AUGGCAAAGUUCGCAGGCAGGCCAGGGAUUGAGUGCAAGGGGGUACAAGGCAUAUGUCAGCUGGAAAUAUUAGUGGCUGCAGCGUUGGACGAGAUUGAGCACCCAGUGAGCGGUAGUAAGGAAAAAACCUCGUUUCAACUAACCAAGCCCCGUCAUUCAGCUCUGAUAGUCUGGCCAUACAAUGUUGCUAAUUUGGUGGUCAUAUCACGGUAUAGCAACCCUGGUGCUGUGGAUAAAACUUGCCACCCACAUUUUAUGGGCAGUCACAUAUUCCUAACCAGGUUGUCCUUUUUCAACAGUUCUAGAGAGCACCAUCAACUGGAAUCAUUAGAAGAUGCACAGAAAACCAGUACCAUGGAGAUCACACUUUCAAGUGUCCCAGGAUUUAAUACAGGAGGCUCAUCUGUGCUCGGUUUCUCUCAAUUCAAGAGUGUUGUCAAGUUAAUUUUGAAGAACAGACUUGCAGAUCAUACCACCCAGAAUAAAUUUGUUUCUGAGUGGAAUGUGGGGGUACAAAGCAAGGUGAAGACCUGGUCAAGUUGUCAUGGCCAGCAAGUCAGCAAGGUUCAGGAAGUACAAUAUGAGUGGGAAGCUCACAUUGUCCAGUACAUCGACUAUGUCUACCAGCAAACAAAGCUACCAGCAAAUAGAAUCACACAAUGCCUGAGCUGUGAAACAAUGAGAAGGUCCUUUGGUGAGGGUGGACAUCAACGGGGCCUAGAGAGGUCCAUGGGCUUGAACAAGAGGAGCAUGCACUUGGCUAUCAAUUACGAUGCAAGAAAUGCGGGGCCUGCAAUGAAGUUGAUGGUGAUGAAAAUGGAGAUUAUUGCUGUGUGA